AUGGCCUCGCCUUUCAAGACAGUCGCUCUAUUUGGAGCCAAUGGUCAGGUCGGAAACCGGGUUUUCAAGGCCCUUAUCAGAUGCAAGGGGCCAGAAUUCUCAGUUAUUGCCUUUGUUUCUCCCAACUCUUCCUUUAAUCUUAUGGAUUAUGGAGACAUCAACGCAACUGUAAAGCGAGUCGACCUCAACCAUGUCGCUAGGGAUGACCUUGUUGCCAUCCUUGCUGAUGCGAAGGUCGACGUCGUAAUCAGUGCUCUUGGAGGGCAGAUCAUCGCAAAACAAUGCGUUAUUCAGGAUGCUGCUGCAAAGGCUGGUGUUAAGCGAUUCUAUCCAAGUGAGUUUGGAAUGCACCAGGUGGCCUGGCUACCUGAUGAGGGAGCCUAUCUUGACCCUGUAAGUGAUGUCGAUCUUGAUUUGAAAGCCAUUUCUUCAAGUCUAUCUAACAACACAAAGAUCUGGGCACUGAAGAUUAAAUGUUUCGAAGACGCAAUCAGACACCCCGCGAUUAAAAGUGGUCAGAUGAGCUACACCGUUAUCGGGUGCGGGGAGUUCUACGAUGCUCCUGGCGAGCCACUUCUCUGUCCGUGGUUGGAGAAAGACGAGUCUAUUAGCAAGGGCGGCUAUUCCAUCCAGUGCGUGGGAGAUCCAGACGCAAAGAUGGACUAUUCUUCUCUGACUGAUAUCGCGAACUUCGUCGUUGCAACGCUUCGUCACCCAGAGAGAUCGGAGAACCGAAUUUUGGGCUUUCGGAGUGACCAUAUUACCUACAACGAAAUCGCGAGGCUUUUGCAGAAAUACUCGGGCAAACCGGCUAAGAUAAAUAUCACGUCUGUCGACCAGAUGCGAGCAAUUCUGAAAGAUCCCUCCUCUGCGCCAAAGGAAUUGCUGAGGGGAAGCACAUUUCCGGUGGAUUUCUGGAUGAUAUUAAGGCACGUACAAGGCCAGGGCGUCUUUUGGAGACCGCCGGGGCUGUUGCACAAUGAUCUGUUUCCAGAAGUCAAGCCUGUUUCUGUGGAGGAGUACUUCAGGAACCUCUUUGCGAAGUGA